CACUAAAUAGCUAAAAGCGAAUCAGCGUAAAGCUUAAAAAUAAUUAAUAGAAAGAAAUUUCUCUAAUUAAAUAGAAUUAAAUUACAACAAAAUCGCUUAAUUUACUCACUAGCAAAAAAUUCCAAAAAAUUUUCCUCCAGUUCGAUUUGCCACUAGAGCGACAAGAAAAUUUCAUGCAAAAUCAAAUAUUCAUUGAAAUUGGAAUAUAAUUUUUUUUGAAAAAAAAAAAAAAAUUUUAAAAUUAAUGCAUAAGUAAAUGUCGUCGGUUUGUAUCGUUAAACAACUACAAAACGUGAUAUACACAUAGUAAAUUGUAGUAUUUGGAAAAUAGCAGUAGCGGUGGCAGCAAAAGGACGCAGGUCAAUAGUGCAACCGGAAAGACGAAAUCGAAUUGGAAGCAUCAACUUUUGCUACGCUGCCAGGCCAGCAUUCAGUUUGUGGUUGUUGUGUGCGUGUAUGUGUGUGUGUGCAAACAGCAGCCAAGCCAAGCAAACAAACUACAUUUAUAUGGAUUAUACUAUAAGUAGCAAAAUAUAAAAAAUUAAAAAAAAAAACAAAAAGCAAAUAUAAAAAUCUCGUGGUCGCGCGUGUGUGUGUGUGAGUUUAUUACUGCGCGUGCGGCAGAACGAUUUGGGUUUUCUUGUUUUAUUGCACGCCCGAAAAGAUCUGCAUACAUUCAUUUUCGUUCCACACUCGCCUAGAAGCGUGCUACAGCCGAAAACAGUUGCUGGCUACUCGUACGCCUAAAAGCAGACCUUAAUGCAAGAAAAAUAGAGCGUUGAAAUUUUGAAACAUUAAAGUAAUUAAAAGUGACAAAUACAAUUUUUACGAUUUUCUCCAUUGGCAGCAGAAUUUUCGUGUGAUUUUUUAUUGUAGUAUAUUCUUGUACAUAUAUUGUUGUUGUUUGCGUGUGCGCUGCGUCAGCCGUUCAGCGAGCAACAUCGUCAUAUGGUGUGCGGUUUGUGGGUGUCAUCAGUGGCCUUUAACGCCCUCUGCACAUAUAAAAGCAAAACACCAGUAUUCAAAGGAGCGCCGCCAACUCCACCUCAACGGAGCAAGUCGGUUAGUUCGUGCAUGAAUUCACAUAGGCGAUACUUAAGUCAUAGGACUUCAAAAUUUUCCAGUAAUAGACAUCGGAAACUGCAACCUUUUAGAGAAACGUGAGCCAAUCGCACAUCAUUAGGCACCACGUUUUCCAAUUUUUCCAAAUAUUUAUAAACUAUAAUUGUAAUCCAGAUAUCUAGCAGCAACAAACAUAUAGCACUAAAACUGAUAAAUGUAAAAAAAAAACUUAAAAAAACAUCUUUCAUAAGAUACCCAAAAAAAUCCACAAAUAUAUUAAAAAAAGCCCAAAAAUUCACUUUCAAUCAUAAAAGUGGGGUGAAAAUUGCAUGAAUUAAAAAAAAAGCUGGAGAACCGUUAAGCAGAACAACAAAAACAACCACAUCAAAAAUCAAUAUCAACAGUCAAGUACUGUAAAAUAAUCGGGCUAUUUGUAAUAGCGAAUUGAGUUUUGAUUGAAAAUUGAAGUAGAGCCCAUACACAAACAACAACAAAAACAACAGCCGUUAAAAAACAAAUCACAGCAAUAAUAAAAAACCUAUAAAUAGUGGAACAAAGCACCCGCAGCGGAUAUCGUAAAAAUCGCCGUAGCAGCAGCAAAAUAGCACCAAGAGGAAGCACCAAAGCUACUGUUAUAAUUAAUAACAAAUACAAAGCGCCAAUUAAAGUAAUAAGAAAAACGAACUUCAUGAAUUUAUCAAUAAAGAAGUACAAUAAAUCAAAAAAUAAAAAUUUAAGUCCCCUAACGUCUUCGGCAUCGUCUUGGAGGGCGUUUCGGUUCUACGACGUCGAAGCGACUGCAUACAACGAACAUCAAGUGUACGCCGCAGCCACUACCAUAAUUGGAGUAGCAGGAGUCGGUACAGCUGCCGUAGGAUCAGCAGCUAAUUUACUGAUGUUCAGUGCUAUCAAUUGGUCACCUUGUUGAGGUUGAAGCUGAAUGUAAAAGCAAGCAACGUUGGCUCCAAAACGAAAGCAGCUAAACGAAGUGCCGCCGUAUCGUAUGCGAGUGUUGUCGGAAAUAUCGCUAAAGCAGAAAUCAAAAGCAAAAUUUCUCAGCUGAAUCUGUAGCGUCGAUUCAUCCAUUCUGAUUUUUAUAUGAAAGCUACAACUAGAUCGGUAGCAGCAGCAGCAACAGCAAUAAAAACAAAAGUCACACUAGACAGCAAAGUGUGAGCCGCAAAUUAAAGAUCCCAUAAAAAUAAAAUAAAACAAAAA